UUCUUUUUUCCAUGUUAGAAGGCUCGAUAUCAGGGGUCUUCUUAUUUCGUUCAAAAUCGUAUUACAUUGCGAUUCAGUGUGUUCAAUCCCACUUCAGCACCAGGCAAAACACACCCAAAUUGUACGAGGAAAGUCAAAUUUAACUCAAAAGUCAAAACUCAAUCCACCCUGCCGACAAGCCUCCUCUGUUGAAGCCAAAGACCGUCUUCUUUCUUCUAGGCCUGCUCAAUAUUGAGGGUGCACUACUUCUCCCUGGGCUCUAUUUCAAUAUUGGCAGAAAAAGAAAAUCAAAUCAUGGCUUCAUCAAGCACCCAAAGAUUCUCUUCUUCCUCGAUUUAUGAUGUUUUCUUAAGUUUUAGGGGAGAAGACACCCGCUGCCACUUCACUGAUCACCUCUACUCCGCACUGAUUGGUAAUGGCGUCCACACCUUUAGAGAUCACGAAGAGCUUGAGAGAGGAGGUGCGAUUGCUCCAGGACUCCUUAAAGCUAUUGAACAAUCAAGGAUUUCUAUUGUGGUUUUCUCAGAAAACUAUGCCCAAUCUAGAUGGUGUUUGGACGAACUGGUCAAAAUCAUCGAGUGUAGGACAGAAAGGGAACAAUUAGUUCUUCCAGUUUUCUACCAUGUCGAUCCUUCCCAUGUGCGGAAGCAAAUGGGGAGUUAUGGAGAGGCAUUUGCAUAUCAUGAAAAGGAUGCUGAUCUGAAGAGAAGGGAGAAGAUACAGAAGUAGAGGACUGCCUUGACAGAAACAAGCAAUCUAUCUGGCUGGCACCUACUUGAUAAUCAGUCUGAGUCUGUUGUUAUUGAAGAAAUUACUAAUAACAUCAUUACAAGAUUGAAUCCUAAGAGUUUAUAUGUCGGCGAAAACAUAGUUGGAAUGAAUAUUCGUUUGGAAAAACUCAAAUCUUUGAUAAAUAUUUAUUUGAAUAAAGUUCGCAUGGUUGGGAUUUGUGGAAUUGGUGGAAUCGGUAAGACUACCAUCACCAAAGCUCUCUAUAAUCAGAUCUCAAAUCAAUUUCAGGGUGUUUCAUUUCUUGCAAAUGUUAGGGAGAAAUCCGAAUAUGAUUUUGGUCUACUUCAGUUACAACAACAACUCCUUAAUGACAUCCUAAAGAGAAAAAAUCGGGAAAUAAGUAAUGUUCACGAAGGAAUGAAUGUGAUAAAGAAUGAGCUCUCCCUAAGAAGAGUUCUUGUUGUUCUCGAUGACGUAGAUAAUUUGAGACAAUUAGUACAUUUGGUGGGGAAGCAUGAUUGGUUUGGCCAAGGAAGUAGAAUCCUCAUAACAACUAGAGACAGGCAUCUACUGGAUGCGCAUGGAGUGGAUAAGCCAUAUCAUGAGAUUGAAGAACUGAAUUCUAAAGAAGCUCUUCAACUCUUCAGCCUGUAUACCUUUAAACAAAAUUUUCCUCAAGAAGAUUAUAAAGAUCUCUCGGACCAUAUAGUAAAGUAUGCUACAGGCCUCCCAUUAGCUCUUCAACUUUUGGGUUCUCACUUAUGUGAAUGGGAAAGUGAAUUAUGUAAGUUGGAAAGAGAACCAGUCCCAGAAAUUCAGAAUGUGCUGAAAAUAAGUUUUCAUGGAUUAGAUCCUACACAAAGAGAGAUAUUCCUAGAUAUUGCAUGCUUCUUUAAAGGGAAAGACAAAGAUUUUGUUUCAAGAAUAUUAGAUGGUUGUGAUUUCUAUGCAGAGAGUGGAUUCAGAGUUCUACGUGAUAGGUGUCUUAUGACUAUUUUAGACAAUAAGAUACAUAUGCAUGAUUUGAUACAACAAAUGGGUUGGCAAAUUGUUCGUGAACAAUAUCAUAAAAAGCCUGGAAAAUGGAGUAGAUUGUGGGAGCCUAAUGAUGUCUCUCAUGUAUUAACAAGAAAUACAGGGACAGAAGCAAUAGAAGGGAUAUUUCUAGAUAUGUCAACAUCAAAACAGAUGCAAUUUACUACUGAAGCUUUCAAAAUGAUGAAUAAGCUUAGAUUACUCAAAGUCCAUCAAGAUGCUAAGUAUGAUUCUAUUGUAUACUCUUGGAUGCCUGUGGAACCUUCUAAAGUGCUCCUUUCUCAAGUACACUUUUGUAGGGACUUUGAGUUUCCUUCUCAGGAGUUAAGAUGUCUCCAUUGGGAUGGAUACCCUUUGGAAUCUUUACCAUCAAAUUUUUGUGCAAAGAACCUGGUAGAACUCAACUUGCGGUGUAGCAACAUAAAGCAACUUUGGAAAACAGAGCUUCAUAAAAACUUAAAGGUCAUCAAUCUUAGUUAUUCUGAGCAUCUCAACAAGAUUCCAAACCCCUUGGGUGUACCAAAUUUGGAGAUACUAACUCUUGAAGGGUGCGUGAACCUUGAGAGUCUUCCAAGGAGUAUUUAUAAAUUGAGAUGCCUUAAAACUCUCUGUUGUAGUGGCUGUGUAAGUCUAAGUAGCUUUCCGGAAAUCAUGGGUAAUAUGGAAAAUCUAAGAGAGCUUUAUUUAGAUGAUACAGCUAUAGUAAAGUUACCAUCAUCAAUCAAACACCUGAAAGGACUUGAGUACUUGACUUUAGUAAAGUGUGAUGACCUCAAAACUGUCCCUCAAAGCAUUUGUAAUUUGACGUCUCUUAAACUUCUCGAUUUUAGUUCCUGUUCGAAACUUGAAAAGUUGCCAGAGGAUUUGAAGAGCUUGAAAUGUCUAGAGACGCUUUCUUUACAUGCUGUCAAUUGUCAACUGCCUUCUUUGUCAGGUUUAUGCUCCUUAAGAAAAUUAUAUCUAGGUAGGUCAAAUCUAACACAAGGAGUAAUCCAGAGCAAUAAUUUGUUGAACUCAUUGAAAGUAUUAGAUUUGAGCAGAAACAAUGUAAUUGACAAAGGGAUCCUCAUUCGUAUUUGUCACUUAUCAUCAUUGGAAGAACUGAACCUAAAAAAUUGCAAUCUAAUGGACGGAGAAAUUCCCAGUGAAGUUUGCCAACUAUCAUCAUUGGAAAUAUUAGAUCUGAGCUGGAAUCAUUUUAAUAGCAUCCCUGCUAGCAUCAGUCAACUUUCUAAGCUGAAAGCCCUUGGGUUAAGUCACUGCAAGAUGCUUCAACAAAUUCCAGAGCUUCCAUCAACUCUACGACUUUUAGAUGCACACAAUUCACAUUGUGCUUUAUCAAGUCCAUCAUCAUUUUUAUCAUCAUCAUUUUCAAAGUUUCAGGAUUUUGAAUGCAGUAGUUCAUCUCAAGUAUAUUUAUGUGAUUCUCCCUACUAUUUUGGUGAGGGAGUCUGUAUUGUUAUUCCUGGAAUUAGUGGAAUUCCAGAGUGGAUAAUGGAUCAGAAUAUGGGAAAUCAUGUAACUAUAGAUCUUCCUCAGGAUUGGUAUGCGGACAAGGACUUCUUGGGAUUUGCUUUAUGCUCGGCUUAUGUUCCUCUUGAUAACAAAUCUGAGGAUGAUUUUGAACAUGGAUUAGAGGAUAAAUCAGAGAUUCAAUCUGAAAAUGAACCAGAUCAUGAUGAAUGGGCUCAUAAAUCUGAGGAUGAAUCUGAGAAUGGAUCUACCUAUAAAUCUGAUAACAAAUCUGAGGAUACAUCUGAGGAUGAAAAUCUAGCUCCUUGUAGUUUACAAUGUGAAUUGACUUUCCAUGGUGAUCAACUUGCAUUCUUGGAUUAUCUGUCCUCAGAAUCCCGGUGUGAAUGCUACAAAAAUGAUGGUGCAUCAGGUCAAUUGUGGGUGUUGUAUUAUCCAAAGGUUGCCAUUGAGGAAAAGUAUCACUCCAAUAAGUGGAGGCGCUUGAAGGCUUCAUUUUAUGGUUUCUUCAAUGGUGUGCCAGUGAAGGUGAUGAAGUGUGGGAUGCAGCUCAUAUAUGCCAAAAAUGAUGAGUAUAACCGUCUUACACUGAGACAACACAAUGAUUCUCAAGAGAAUUUGGGUGACCAAAGAUCAACAGUAGAGGAUGUGAAUGUUAAUGAUCGGAGAAGCUGUGAUGGUGCACAAAAUACUACACAGAAGAACCAUUCGCCGAUAAUGCAAUACACGAAUGGUAAUGAUCCUGGCGUGCAAGAUGAUGAACAGAACCAUAUGCCUCCGUGGUUGAAUCUUCUUUUGACUAUUGUUGAAUGGAUAUGCUGUAGAAGACACUAAUGCCAAUUACUGAUCUCAAGCUUUCAACUCUAUCUUUGUUGUGUAGGAGCUUGAUAUUUCUGAGUAUGUGGGAGCCUACCUUCCUUACUACAAAAUGAGUGGGAGGUGAUCAUGUCUAGGCUUGACAUCCCUCAAUACACAUUUUUAUUUGCAAUAUGUGAGGCCUGAUUGAUGAUGUGGAGCAGGGUUCAUCCGUCUCUAGAUUGGAUUCGGUCUCAGAUCCCUGAUGAUCAAAAAUGGUGUCAAAGGUGUUGGUGAUGAGAUUGGUGAUACUGAUGAAAUAGAUGCAGAAGCAUUUGAUAAAGCAUAUGUCACUGGAGCUUUCAUUUCCCUUGGCAAUGGUCUAUAACAUACAUCAGUCUAGAAUGGUAUGCAUUCAGAUUCUUUAUCUCCGCCCCAAGCUACUUCCCCAGAAGAUUGACAAAGAUAAUAUCCUAUCUGCUCAUUUGCUACUUAGAUUGACCUUGAAAAGACCCUAUCUCCUUAUUUGCUCUGUUGAGUGAGUAAGAUGGCAACUUCACCAUUUACUACUUCAUAUGUUUCUUGCAGUUGAAAAGUGUAUGUGUAUGUGGCCCUCGGUAUUGGCCUUAAGUAAUAGAGAUUGUUUAUGAAGGUAGAGUAGGUGCUACUUCUCAUGUUUUCUUAUAUUUUACAUUUAUUCGUUAAAGUUCCUACGAAACCCAAGUGUUAAUUCUUCUACAGAUAAACCAUGGUGGAGUUCUGGAGACGGGAAUAACCCUUUUAAUUCUGGUAUGCUGUAUAUCAAGUGGAAGGUUGGAGCUUGUUCACAUGUGGAUGGCCCCAUAGGAUGUCAAUCAUUACUGUCAUGAGCAAUGCACAACGUUGUGAUCUGAUGUUGGUUUCCAGGCAGUUUGCUUGCAAGUAUCAGUUGAGUGUGUGAGCAAGGCAGACCAGCUCUUUUACAGAGAUGAAUCUAGGGCUUUUCCAGAGUAAAGAAGAUCGAGUCAGAGUGGCAUGCCCAACUGUAGCUUGAUCUCACUGAUCUGUAUAUCAGGUUUGUGGUGGUUUUUUGAACUGGUUUGGAUGAUUUCAUUGAGUAGAUUCAUGGUUAUGGUUUUGAAAUUGCUACAGUUGAAUUUGGAAAUUUUUUAAUUUUUAUUUAAAAUAAUUCGGCCAAAGCAAAAUAAUUUCUAAAAUUAAAUUCUUGAAUAAUCUUAUCAGUUUUUAUUUAUAGAUAUAAAACUUGGAAUUUGGCUAGAUAUUAUCAAUUAGUCAGAAUAUUUUGUUUUUCUUAUUUAAAUGUUCUUGCUCAAUUGCAACUUGCAUGAUAACAAACUGGAGUUAUAAGUGAUUUUUAAUCAAAAUAAGCUUAAAAUAAGGCUUGAAAUCAAGCUACUCUGUAUUUGGAAUUUUUUUUGCAAAUAAAUAAGUCUAAGUAUGUUGGUUGUUAAGAAAAUAAUUUUAAUUGAAUAGGUUUAAGCAUAAAAGAGUAAAUAAGAAUGUUGUAGGUGUUUUGAAAUAGAAUGUUACAGAACUAUGUUCUUUUGUUAUAAAAUGAUAAGAUUGAGGAAUUUAGAAAAAAAAAAAAAAGCCUCUAGGUAAGCUAUUCUCUAUUGCUAAUUCUCGACUGAAAGUUGGUAUCAUUUUUACCAUUGAAAGGCAUGUAUAAACUAAAUAGUACUGUGCUGAAUUACUCCAAUGAGCCCUCCUUUACUCCAAUUGCAGUCAUAAGACAAUGUAUCUUAAGAUAGUGAGCUGGAGCUAGCCUAAUCUCGAUGCAAAGGCAUUUCUCCUGCCAACGUCAAAGUAAAUUAGAAUGGCCAGUACCCAGUAGAGCUAGGAAUGAAUAGGGGCUAGACAUCUUAUAGAAGAAAAAAAUAGAACCAGGAAUGGUGUACUUACAGUUUCAGACAGUAAAUCUGCCUCAGGACAUCCCAUUACAGAAAAUUUUAUUAUCUAAUGAUUAAGAAAGGAGUACCUAUUUUUUAGCCAUUGGUUUCAUCACUAUAUUUAAUAGAUUAGCGACUCCAUUGUGAAAUGACAAGGGUUUUAUGAGAGCUAAUUUGUGUGCUUUUUGGGGUUUCUUGGGUGCUUUCUUCGUCGGUUAGAGAUACUUUAUUGGAUUGGUGUGAUUCUUUUGUGGGCAACAAGCGCAAAAAGGUUUGACAAGCAACCCCUUUGUGCUUGUUUUGGACAGUGUGGAAGGCAAAGAAUAAUAUUGCUUUUGAUGAUGAGGUUUUUUCAACCCGAAAAUUGAAAAGGGAUUUUGUAUGCUUUUUGUGGGUUGAUUCCAAGUUGUUUUUAGAUGAUUGUCCCGUCUUUAGUUGGUUUUCUUGAAUGGUUGGGUACUUCUUGAGGUUUUUAUUCUAUGCUCUUUUGCUUGAGCCUUGGUGGUGAGGGGAGGUUUGUUUUCUUGUACACUUUGAGCUGCUUAUUUCGGCAGCUCUUUUAUUUUAAUUUAAAUCUUUACUUACAUAAAAUAAAAAUGUGUUAUAACUAAAUGGAGUCUAGGGCAGUUAAUGUUUAGCAUCCAUGCCUAAGUGAUGGAAAAGGCAAAGUUGAAGCAACAGGUUUGCUUUAUGAGAAUAAAGCCUUACCUUCUUUUAGGGUGCUAUUAGGAUGAAGAAAAUAUUAAGGUUACGAUACCCUUGUAGGCAGAACCUCUAUGGGAACUGGGAAGGACAUGGGAGGUUGGUCCUAUUAUCCAAAAUCUUCUCUGAUAAAUAAGAUGCUCUGUAGCAUCUUAUGAUCCUGAAAAAAUGGUCUUUAUUUGAAGCAAGCCAAGAAGAUGUAAGGAAUUUAUUUUCCAUUUCCUCUCCAAGGCAUGUGUUGCAAGUUUACAAUGACAUUUAUUUUAAGGGUUGUUGCAUAAAUGCUGAAGCCUUUAAGGUACUAAACUAAGAGAAUCCUCCCAUUUGUAGAAAUUAGGAAAGCAUGUAUGAGAGAGAGACACAAGGAAAAUGGAUAAUGUUUAGGGUAAGGGAGAGAUAACAUUGUGGAUUUCACCAAAAGCAACUGAUAGAACCUUGAAACCACCAUGAAUUUGAGGUUCAAGGUUGGGUCGAUGGGCCGUGUCUUUAAGGAAGGUAAAAUAAUGGGGCAUUUGGUUAGCUGAUUGAAGCAACAACAGUCAGUGACAUGAUCAAGUUAGGCAACAAAAUAACUCAUAAUGUUUUGUUUCUGAAAGCAGCACCAUGACAAUAAUGAAAGCUGUUAAACAAGCAAUAUGCCAAUAUCUGACCUCAUACUAAGGCUUUGGGUUCAGAAAUUCAUUACACUUGACAUGGGAAUCUGAUAAAAAUCAGAAAAUGGUAAAAUUCAAUGAUUGUAGUCCUAAAUUUUCUAUUUAGCAGUAACCUCACUCAUGGAAAUAACAAAAUCAGUCACAAGAAGCAGAGCCCUUAAAAGCUUUGAGGAAAAGCAGUUAGGUUCCAGUACCCAACUAUAUUAGAAGUAGCUGCCAAUUUAGGUACUUCUUGGGCAUGGUUGAGGAGAAACAUACAGUAUUUUAACAGGUUAAGCAGGAAGUUAAGUGCAUGAAAUUAUCUAGGUGUGACUUUUACGCUAAAAUAUUAAGAGCAACUAAGAAAAGAAAUGCAAUUUAGCAUGGAAAACGAGGAACUUUUAUUUUAUUUUUUAUUGAUGGUUUUUUCUCUUCUCCUUGGUGUUCCAUUGUCACUCCCUUGAAACACAGAUAGGAUAUGCAGGUCUUGUUCUUGACAUGAUGGUUUUGUGAUGUUAGAAAACAUCUCAAACAUUACAAUUAUGGCUAAAACCAUGGUUUCUGCUGUUUAUCAUGCUGCUGAGAUUGUAGCAUCUAUACCAAAUUUGUCUUACCAGAACAGGGCAAGUGCUCAUAGCUAUGGUGUGUGAACAUUAUCACAAUAUUUUUAGGUGUGCAUCUGAAGAAUUUAAUAUUCUGUAGGCUCUCCCUGAGGCAUUAUUCCAUCAAUUGCUCAUAGCUAUAGUGUGUGAAGAUCAGGAAACCUGCAGCAGGAUUUUGGCCUGCCAUGCUUGCCACUUAUGGGUUGAUUUCAGCCAUACCUGAACCCAUCAGGACAGGCCUCAUUUCUGAAAGGUCAGUGAUAUUUCAUAUUAUUCAACCAUGAUCUCAUCUCUACAUACUUUUUUAUUGCUCCAUUUUAUAAUACCAAAAGGCCUAUUUUAUAAUACCAAUGCUUUCCUUACAAGCAUGAAUUAUACUUAUAUAUUCACACAGAAAGUCAAAACAAGCAUGAUAAACUAUUGCAAAACUUUUAGUCAAGUUGGAUUCUCAGUAUUAUAUAAAAGAUUGAGUAGAAAAUUUUAUAGAAUGAUCAGCAUUUCUUGAAACAAGUGUUAAGGUCUCUGUUUCUGGUUUUAGGAACUGCCAGGGAAAGGAGGCAAGUGAAAAUAGAAAGAAAAAGAGAGUGGGAAACACAUAGUCGAAGUCUGAACCAAAUAAAUCCUUAUUUCCUUCAUUGUCCCUGAUGUACUUGGCCUUCUAUAGCAUUGGUCUUCUCCAUUACCUUUGUCUUCCUUUAUAUUUUUCAUCCCAUGUUUUUUCAUUACAACAUGCAUGAUAUUAAAGAAACCGAUAUUUCUCUUUCCUAGUUUUUUUUUUUUUUUUUUAAGAUCUCAACAUAGCCUAAUAUACGUAACUACCAAUUCUAUUUAAUUAACUCGUGUCGUGUGUUUGAUUUAAACUAUGGGUUUUAAUACAAUUAAUUUUUUAGUCUCAAGUACCACAUAGGAAGGUUGACCAUGACAAAGGGCUUAUAGGGUAGUCCAAACUUGAUGAGUUGUGUUAAAUCUAAUGACAUGAACAUGGAGAUUUAGUAUCAACUAAAAUCAUUUGUUUCCUGUAGUCUCUCCAUGGUUGUAUGUUUUGAUUAGCUCUUAAUCACCCAUGUAAUUGUUUAGUUUUAAACCUAGAAUAGGCUUUAAAAUUAUGGUUUUUGGGCCUAUUUUGAACCAUGGAUGAUGACUUUUUCUCAUUCCAUGCUUUUAUGGGAGUUUUGUUCCAUGUUGCCUAAGUUCAACAUUUGUUAAUCAAAUCUAUUGCUGCAUUGGAACGAUGAACAUGACAUAGGCCUAGAUCGAGAAAGAUGCUAUCCUCAUAAAAGCUAAUCCACAAUGGUAUUCUCAUAUCUGAACCAUCCAACUGCAUCACUAGGUUAUAUUUAGCUACAAUAUUUAUCUUUAAAAGCUACACCAAUUUUCAAUCCACGCUUUAAAUCACCAAACCCUAGAAUUCUAAGACUUUUUUUUUUAACAGGUGACAAUUUCUUUUAAGCAAGAAAAUGAACUUGGAAUAAUUCUGAUUAAAACACUUUUUGAGGGGAGGGGGGAGAGGGUGUGUGAGGAUAAAACUUUCAUGGUCAAAUCAUUCAUCACGUUGUGUUUAAAUUGUCGACUCAAAGAUUGAAAAACUCGUUUGUUUGUAAUCUCUUAUCCUGGGCUAAUUCUUCUAUAGCUGUAGGCCCUUUAUCUUUGUUUAACUUUGUGGAUUGGUUGGGUUCUUGUCGAGGGUCGGUGAGUGCUUGUGUUUUUGUUGCUUGUUUUAGGUGUCUUUUGUAUACUCCCUAUAUGCUCUGGGUUGCCUUUCAAGCUCCCUUUCUCUAAUAUAUCUUUGUGUUUUUGCUUAUCAAAAAAAAAAAAAAAAGCAUUCGGCAAAGCUUUUCAUGAGUUUUGAGGAGGUAAUAGGUUUGCUGGAGGUGAAUUCAUGAACCACAAAGGCUAAAUCCUCAUCUGGCUACUUCAGUAUAGGCCACACACUGCUAGUUAUAACAACAAAUUGCUCAUUUCUAUCGGGCUAAUUUUGGUUAGAGCUAUAUAGGCCAAUGGAGUGGGGAAGAUGAUGAGACAUGAACCAAUCUUAUCACAUCAUGGAUCCUUCCCUCCUUUCUUCUACAUUUUCAAGUUGCUUUCAUCAUAAGUAAUCGGAAAAGAUAGUAUUAUUUUUAGAAUAUUACUUCAAACAAUUUUACCUCACAACACACAUCAUGAUUCCUUUGAGGAAUGGAAGGAGUAGAAGAAAAAGAGACUAAAAAAGAGCUUGUGGAAGCCAUUGUGGUUUCUAUCUCAAAAGUCAAAACUACAAGACAUAGCUCGAGGCUCGAUGGAAAUGCAGGUGGCUUCUCUGAUCCUCUAGAAAGUGAUGAGGAAAGUAAUUGAAUUUUGGCUCCACCAAGUUUUUUUAUUUUAUUUAACAUUUUAUUUUUUUCCUUCACUUAAUUUAUUCAUGUUCUCCUAUUUUAUUAUUAUCUUUUAUA